UUUUUGUCUUCUCUUCAAGCUGUCAAUCCGCACCGCCAGCCCAUGCACAGCUAUCGCCCUUUUAGACGCCGACAGAUGACAAGAACAAACGGUUAAGAAGGUGCUGAAACAUGCGCAAGGGAAAAUAGUCAUGUCGAUCAACCACCACUUAUUGCUGAUGGACGAUGGGCUCAUUCACGGGACACCUCGCAACCACCUUACUUCGUUUACUCUUUUCCUCACUAGUCAUAUAGCCUGAACCUUUCCACCAACUCUCGACGCUUACAAGCCGUCAUCUCAUUCAUGUCUUACCCACAAGCUCCUUCCAAAUUUGUCAAUCCUGACGAGAUUAUUCCUUUGUCUCCACCCACCAAACCCCCCUUCGCACAAUAUGCUGCGUCUCCUCUUCCAGCGACGCCUCAUACCCCCUACUCUCCACCAUCACCCUCUCGACUGUCAGAGACCAUCCCUCUGCGACCAUAUCUCUCAUUAUUACCACGAAUUCUGCUUACCUUCUUCUCGCCAUGUCUUCUACCUAUGAUUCUCACCAUAGCUCAUCUCAUACAAAACCGUUCUUCAACAGCUUCCCUGGCCACUUCUCUCAAGUCUUCGGUUCUCUCUGCAUGCUCAGGUCUUGCCAAGGCAGCAGCAUCUAUCAAAACCCUGCCGAGGUAUUUGGCCAUGCAGACAAACCAAGAGGCCAUAAGGGCGACACAAGCGAGUAUUUUAGCCAUUGGGACCAUGUUGAUGGAUGCAAUCACCAUAAUUGAAGCUGUUGUCAACUUUAUAGUAGAUACAUAUAGGAGCCUGUUGCUGUGCACUAUUGAGCUGGCUGUAAGAGGAACUUUGGAAAUUCUGAUAUCUGCUGUGCAAACUAUUUCUGAUGCGGUCACGGACACUUUGAAUUCAGUUCGUAGUAAUAUACAAGAUGAUAUCGGUGACGCCAACGAUAUUAUCCAGACUGCUGUAAGCGCGAUCAAUAGAGUUACAACACUUGUUAAUUUAAACAUUUCUGUACCCGAGUUCUCCAUCCCCGCACUAUCAUUCUUGCAGAAUGUCACCAUUCCUACCACAUUUGAGGAUGGUCUUAUCACCCUCAACUCUUCCCUUCCCACGCUGACCGAUCUGAAGAAGAAAAUGGACGAAAUUAUUGAUACCCCUUUUGAGGCUCUCAUCAGCGAGAUUAAUUCGACUCGUCUCGAGAUGGCAGCUAGUUUCAACUCAUCCAUUCUUUCUGUUCCUUCGCUGUCUUCUCUUUCCGCCAACAGUGCCAACGAUCUUUCCAACGAUCUUUGCUCUGAUCUUGAUACUUCUCUGAUUGACGAUACAGCCAAGGCGUUACACAAGCUUUCCAGCAUUGCGAUCGGCUUGAUGUUCCUGUUGCUUUUCCUUAUUUGGGCUGCUUUGGCAGUAUGGGAAUGGCGUAAAUGGAAGCUUAUGAAGGAUACAGUCGAUGCCGUUAAUGAAGAGUGGGAUAGAGAUGGAAAGAGUGAUGCAUGGAGAAUGGUAGCGAUCGUUGAGCAUCCAGUGCUGGAAAGAUAUUCCGGGACUUUCUUGGGGAAGAUUGCGAAGAUGCCGCGCACGAGAACAAAUCUACGAUGGUUUUUAUCCUAUCUUGCGCAUCCGACGUGUCUUGCGCUCCUCUUCAUAUCACUGUUUGGUUUCCUCUCCAUACAGUUCCAGCUCGUCGCUCUCAAUGCUCUCAAGGCACAUGCCCAGUCUAGCGCCAAUUCUACUGUCACCGCUUCCACCAACUCACUUGUCACCAAGUUGAACGCUGCGGCCUUGAACAGUAGCCAGGAAUAUGCCGAUUCGUAUAACGAGGCUAUUGCAGGAUAUCAAGACAGAAUCAACAAUGAGCUGUUCGGAAGCUGGGUGAACACUACAGCAGUUACUCUCAAUUCCACACUUGUAGAGUUUUAUGACGAAGUUGAGAAGGCACUCAAUGCUUCAUUCGGGGGCACCAUCCUCUACAACCCGAUCAAUACCUUCAUGUACUGUAUCCUCGGCUCCAAGAUCACCAAUCUUGAAAAGGGUCUCACUUGGAUAUCCGAGCACGCCUUUGUCGACCUUCCUACCUUUCCGUCCGAUAUCCUUCUUCUCUCCAAUGACUCAAUGAAUGAGAUCGCAACUCCUAUCGCAGCAGCAGCCGUCGGGUCUGGAGAUGGUGGGGAUGAUGAUGAUGGUGUAGUUGGAACUUUGAUCUCUCAUUUUGAGAGUGCGCUCAAGGUGGAAAGGACUUUCUACGGUAUCAUGUUAGGCGUCUGGCUGGCACUGUUCCUGAUUGGCCUUGCUGUGGUGAUUUGGAACAGUGGUGGACGAGAAAAAUUUAUGGCUUUGCGAGGCGUACCAUCCUCUUCAAGUCCACCUGGUUACGGUCCUCCCGAGUCCAAACACCCAAGAUGGAAAGCAUGGUUAACCAACAACCAUCCCAUAUACGAUUCCUACGCAGAGAAGCAGUUCCGCGGUACAACACCAACCAACUGCUUAGAAAGUUACACUCAUGCUGACGUUCCCAACGUGAACAACGGAAACGAUGACCAUGAGAAGAGCUUCUUCAAAAUGAGAGAUUCACAUGCUGCAGGGCCAUUUGGAUCUCACGCUACCUCUGCUGUUCGUUCCACUAUUGCCUCAUUAGCUGCGCCUGGGCAGAGCUUCCUCAAACUGUCAGGACGCAAGCUAACUGAUACCACGACACCAUACGAUGAUAAGGUACCACUUGCACCAGUUCAAACUUCUGAGAAGUACUCCCGAGAUCAUGCCAAUUCACCAUUCCCUCGACCUUCCUCAGAGUCAUCCGAGUCGAGCGCAGCUCAGCCGUUUUGGGUUGACAAGUUCUACGGUGCAUUCGAGGGUGUAAAGUCUUUCUUCCCUACAAGAAGUCAACGGCUUGGAGCCGCGUUGGCGAGGAAAGCUAGUCAAAGAACCGAAGGAAGUUUCGGUGCGAGCCAAGUGCCGACGGCCCGGACGCCAGGGCACGAUUGGAUUGGGGGACAUCAAUGUCUGCCCGAGAAAAAGGCUGAACCAGAAUGGUCGAUGGUCGAUCCACGAAUGCUGGGUCGCGCUUUAGAAGAUGAUAAAGGGAGAUACCCAAGAGUCCUCCCACCUAGCGAAAUGGCAGCUGCCAAUUAUAAUCCCCAUCCUGUCUACCCACGACCAAUGUCUCGAGCUUCGACUCUCGGAGAGGGUAUGGUCAUCCCUUCAACCACAAGUCACCCGGACCCUUUCCAAGACAUGCCACCGCUUCCCCCCAAACAUAAGCGUGCUUCUAUGGAUUAUGUUGAAGAGUACGAGUCCUCCCAUUCCCGCUCUUCCCGUGAGGAUAGCAGGCACGGCGGAGUGACCUCUCCUGCCUCUUCUUCCGUAUCGUAUUUUGCGGCUGAACCACAGUUGGUGAGUGCCUCCAAGGUACAAGUGGGAGUAGCACAAAAGGGGGGGCAGGCUACAAGGGCGUUGGCUGAAAUUGUGAAGGAAUUACAGGAGAAAAGGGAGAGAAAAGAUCCCUUUGGGGAUGAUUAUGAACGAGGGCUGUGAGCGUUGAAGAUGGGGCAUCGAUGACUUGGCGAUUAAUUGUCUUGUUUUACAUUUGGUGAAGUGUACCGGUAAUUUAAAUUUGUACAUGUAAUAAGGUGUAGAAUUAAAGAAGAUUACACAAGUGCAACUUGCAAGUAAUACACUCCUUCUACUACUAUACAUCCCCAUCAAUGUCUGAAAGACUUUAGAC